AUGYUAGCAGCUUGGAAAGAGCUAACGAUUCCCAGCAGUCAAUGUCAACUAGUGCUGUAUGCCAGUUUGAAUAUGCUGAGUGUAUGCUGUUCGUGGGUUCUUGCAGCYAUGGCACUGCAAGUCAAGCUUGUCGUGUUGUGGACCCAAGUAAGUCCUGUCACUCUUCCUGCAGCAAGCCUCACAAGCUUCACUGUCCCCUUUUGUCCUCGACGCUCACAUUUCCAACCCUGUUGUUGCCACCGCCACUGCUGUUAUUGUUGUUGUUUUGUACUGUAUCUGUAUCUGUACUCUCUCUGUAUAUGGGUGUUACGUGUUUUUGUGWCCCCACCCACGCCAAACGUGUGUCCUCUUACCUCUUCUCUUCUGUUCCUCACAGCAUGUGAUUGCCAUCCCGUGGGUGCUGCUGGCAAAACCUGUAACCAAACCACGGGUCAAUGUCCCUGUAAAGACGGCGUGACUGGUAUCACGUGCAACCGCUGCGCUAAAGGCUACCAGCAGAGCCGCUCGCCCAUUGCCCCCUGCAUAAAGAUUCCCGUUGUUCCCCCGACAACCACAGCCAGCAGUACAGAGGAGCCAGCAGACUGUGACUCCUAUUGCAAGGCGUCGAAAGGCAAACUGAAGAUCAACAUGAAGAAAUACUGCAAGAAAGAUUACGCUGUCCAGGUGCACAUUCUGAAGGCGGACAAGGCGGGCGAGUGGUGGAAGUUCACCGUCAACAUCAUCUCUGUCUACAAGCAGGGCGAGAGCCGCAUCCGCCGCGGCGACCAGUUCCUGUGGGUCAGGGCCAAGGAUGUGGCGUGCAAGUGUCCAAAGAUCAAGACCGGGAAGAAGUACCUGCUCCUGGGUAACAAUGAGGAUUCUCCAGGGCAGUCUGGAGUGGUGGCCGAUAAGGGKUCCCUGGUCAUCCAGUGGAGAGACARAUGGGCCCGUCGGCUGAGGAAGUUCCAGCAACGCGAGAAGAAAGGCAAGUGCAAGAAGGCAUAGGCGGAAAGUACGGACGACGCCUGGAGCGAGGGAAUGGAACGCGGGACAGCAGAAAGGAUGAGUGGGUGUUGAAAAAGGACGAGAGGAGAGCGAGGGAGACUGAGGAAGGACAGAAAGGGCCUGUGCGUUGUCGCUACUUUUUCGAGUAGAAGCAUGAAGAGAAUAUUAUUGAGAAGAUCUUUUCUAGUGGACUUUUGUGAAGGAGCUCACGCUGCAGGUGUCAUUGCUUCGUUGUUUUUUCCUUCGAGAUUUGUCUCUGUGGAUUUGCCAAGUUUGCACCUAUUACCCGUAUAUAUAAAGUUAUUUGUGUUUUCA